ACACCUGCUGUGCUGAGCGCGUCUGCUGGUCUUCAUGCGAAGAAGGUCGGCGGCGGGCUUUGUUCCUCACAUCGGCGGCACCUCGUUGAGUCAUGAAAUGGAUAUUUUGUGGCAAUAUCAGUUUAGGAUGAUAUUAUUAGGGGAUUCGACGGUGGGGAAGUCGUCGCUGCUGAAGCGUUUCACCGAUGGCGUUUACAGUGACGUCGCCGAUCCCACCGUCGGCGUGGAUUUUUAUGCCCGUUCGCUUGACAUCGAACCGGGGGUGAAAAUCAAGCUGCAGCUUUGGGACACAGCAGGCCAGGAACGAUUCCGGUCCAUUACGACAUCAUACUAUCGUAAUUCUGUGGGAGGGCUGCUGGUCUUUGACCUCACCAGUCGCAAAACCUUCGAGCACGUACGGGAGUGGCACCACGAAGUGAGCGAACACAUCCUGCCCCACCAAAUGGUCUACAUUCUCAUUGGUCACAAGAGUGACCUGAACAAGGACCGCAGAGUCGGGAGGGAUGAAGCGGAGCAGCUGGCGUCUGAGCUGGGAAUUCGCUAUGUAGAAACAUCGGCCAAGUGCAACAGUAACGUUGACCGGGCCUUCGAGCUGUUAACCAGGGACAUCUAUGAGCUGAUGAAGAUCGGUGCCAUCGUCACUCGAGAUGGCUGGGAUGGGGUGAAGAGCGGCCUCACUGCCAAGGUCCUCUAUCCAGGGAACGAUGAAGACGAACAAGCACCAGCGUCUGCUGAAAGGAGCUGCAACUGCUGACUUGUUCCCACAAAAAAAAACGCUUAUCUUGUCUCCCAGUGAUUUUUGGAAAACAACUUCCACCUCCACUUCAUUGUGCGUGAAUUCUACUGACGACAAAACCAUAGACGCAGCUCACACGUAUCUACACGCUCUUUUUCUGUGUGCUGAUAAGUUGAGGUAAAACAAGCUAGCAUGCGGUGUUGGUCCAGUAUGUAGAAUUUCACAACUUAAGAAGGGUUAGUUUCUGAUACAACUUAAAGUAUCAGUGUGUUCCACACCACAACACAUAUCCCAGGGUUUUUCUUUAACAUUUUUGGCAUUUGUGUACUUAUUUUUACAUCUGUCCAUGUAGAUAUCUAUAUCUAGACAUAGAUACAUAUAGAUGUACAGUACAGGCCAAAAGUUUGGCCACACCUUACUCAUUCAAUGCGUUUUCUUUAUUUUCACGACUAUUUACAUUGUAGAUUGUCACUGUAGGCAUCAAAACUAUGAAUGAACACAUGUGGAGUUAUGUACUUAUCAAAAAAAAGGUGAAAUAACUGAAAACAUGUUUUAUAUUCUAGUUUCUUCAAAAUAGCCGCCCUUUGCUCUGAUUACUUUUUUGCACACACUUGGCAUUCUCUCAAUGAGCUUGAAGAGGUAGUCACCUGAAAUUAUUUUCACUUCACAGGUGUGCUUGACAUUCAUCGAGAGAAUGCCAAGAGUGUGCAAAGCAGUAAUCAAAGCAAAGGGUGGCUAUUUUGAAGAAACUAGAAUAUAAAACAUGUCUUCAGUUAUUCCACUUUUUUUUGUUAAGUACAUAACUCCACGUGUUCAUUCAUAGUUUUGAUGCCUUCAGUGACAAUCUACAAUGUAAAUAGUUGUGAAAAUAAAGAAAACGCAUUGAAUGAGGAGAAGGUGUGUCCAAACUUUUGGCCUGUACUGUAUAGAGAUAGAUACUUAGAUAUACUGUGAGAAAAGUAAGGCAAAUUAAUUAUAUCUCGGUGUUUUUUUUACUGUUAACACCACAGCGUACGUCAAGAACAACAACUAGCAAGUCUAAUGUGCCAAAGCGGAGGGGGCAGUAUUGCCAAAUUUGAAAUGACAAAUUACCGUACUACAACGUUAAAAUGAUCGUAUGUUGAAUACAAUGAUCAUACAUACCCGACUUGACAGUGCUCAGGUCCAUCUGCAACAGUAAAACAAUACCACAGACCGUGUAUUGAAUAUCUUAUUAUGCAAUUUUACCUCUAAAUAAACUAAAAAAAACUGCCACUACUGGCAGAACAGCUGGCUGUAAAGAGGCACAUAAGAAACUGCAGCUUGUAUUUAUUUGGUAAAGGAAUGUGUUUAAAGGUUAACUUGUCCAACAUAGCAUUUUUUAUUUGAUUGUUUUUGUUUACGCCUGGCAAUGCUGGGAGGGAUUGUCAUGUGACUUCAAAAGAGGAUGACUAAUUAGCUCCACAUCUUGGGUCGGGACAAUGACUGCUGGGUGUCCCGAGGCUUUCGGAAGCACAGUCGUGUGCAACGUUUCCAAAUUGAUUUGAAUUUUUGGGGUGGAUAUAUAUUUUUAUUUUAUUUUGUAUUUACGAAAAAUAACAUCCUAGGAUUACGCCCAAAUGUUCUGAAAUAUACAUAGAACACGCCAUGCAUUUGCGACGCAUUGAUCGAUGUAAUAUAAUAACACAUGCAGGGAUUAUUUGCACGUAAACACCUCUGUAUGAUUAAACAAUGUGUGUACCUAAUCUAUUGACCUAAUUUAGACUGCCAUUGCUCCACAAGCAGGUCUCAAUAUUAAAAACUGCUGGUAUAAAUCCAGGCUAGCUGCUACUACCCUGAAAAGGAAAACUGUUGUAGAAAAGGAACAGUUCUACUAUUUCACAUUUCUAAAUGUUGUACUAAAUAUGUUUUUAUGGCGCACUUUUCACACAGGUGCAUUUUAUGCUAAUACAUACUAGUUUGUCACACUGUAUCUGUCGUUUUAUAUUGUUUUAGUAGAUAUGGUGUCCCGUGAUGGAUUGAUCGGGAUGACGCUCAUCAUAAACUAACUGGACGAAUGAAAAUACUACAACAGGGGUGUUCAAACUUUGGAUGUUGGGGAUGCGCUUAAAAAACAUUUGGUCAAUUAAAGAUGAUUAAAACAAUCCAAUGUCUGUCAAUAUAUGCUAAGCUAUCUGAAAAUAACAUCUGAGCUUUGUCUUAAAGGAUUAAACUAAUCUAGUAAAUAAGGAAUUCAUGUUGAAUAUCCCUGUAUUAUACUACUGCAAGUUUGUGUUUGUCAUAAGUGUACCAUUUUUCUUAUUUUUUUGUCAUUUCAUUGUAUUUAACGACUUUCAAUAAAUGUACACAAUAUUGCCAAAAGUACACACA